CAGGAGAAACGCCUGCUUCUGUUUUCGGUUUUGAUAAGCCUUCAUGACCGCAUGAUUGGGCGGCGGUAUAAAAAGGAAGUUACUGCGGAAACCAGAGAAAACGCAGGCUGUUUGUCGACAACGUGAGAUAUUCAAGAACAAGAUCAAACAACGAACAGACAGACAUGGACCAUGCACGACCGCAGGACACACAACAAAGCAAGGGCUCCACGUUGCGGCACAGGGAACACAGCGAUGAGUCCGCCGACAAAAGGCCCACUGACAGCUCUGUGUCUCCCAGUCAGGAUGAGAAGAGGCUGAUCAGAAGAGUGCGAAGUCCAUCCAAAUCGAGGGCAUGGCUGUCCAAUCCUUACAAACCGAAUUUUGGAGUGCAGUUCUACAGACCUCGUUUUCCAAGGGAUGACCACUCAUUCUACAAACCUGGCUUCGGCAACCAGAGGUACCACCACUUCAACCCAAGGGGUUACUUCCACCGGAGAGAUCAUUUCCCGCCUAAGCUUUACCACGUCGCACAGAGGGAGAGGGAACGAGAGAAGGAGAAGGUGCGGUACGAGCAGAGAGAGAGUGCUGAUGGGAGUUCACCUCCAAAACAAAACAACGCCACUAGAACUUUCUUACCAAGGUCCACAUCCAGCAGAGACAAGGACAUGCAGUUCAUCAUUUGUCAUAGUGACAGGAACCAAAGCAGGGAGAGAGAUCACAGGGGGACCAAAAGCAACGAAAGAGAACGAAGCAGAGACGGGGAGCUCCCUUCAACUGCGAGCCAGACGGUGACACGAGACAGAGCCAUCCAACAGAAGAGGAAAGAGAUAGACGAGGUGUACUAUCAGGAAUGUGAAAUGUUUGGCCUUGUGGCAAAGAUGCUGAUUGCAAAGGAUCAGUCCCUGGAGCGUCCCAUCCAGUCCUCGCUGCAGGAGAACCUCAGGGACAUCGGCAAGCGCUGUGUGGAGGCCAUGGAGAAAUUUAUAGAGGACUAUGACUCCAGGGAGCUGUCUCAGUAAUCAGACACGUACUCAUCAUGCCCAUCUGCCUAGCAUUGAUCCUACUGGUAAAAGUGUUGAGAAUGUUAUUUCAGGUGACUGAAGACUGCUUUUGUGUUUAUUUUUGUGUUUGCUAGUAGAAGUAAUAAGCCUGUACAUUAUUGUUUGCUGCCUGGACAAAAGUCUCCCUCUGUGCUUGGCCUCAUGGUGAGCACUGAGCAACGCUGGUGAAAAAAGAAAAGGAAACUUUUGAGAAUGUAAUGAUGAUGAUACAAAAAUACACUGGUUGUAUUGCUAUAAGUGUCCUUAUGAAGAAGUCAAACGUAUUUUGACAUUGAACUGAUUUGACAUCGGACUUUAUUAUGUACUUGCUUUUCAAUAAUAAAAUUUUGUAUUAUACAGCAUAUUAAACAUCUUGUGGGUAAAAAGUA